AUGGAGCAUCGAAGUCUGCAGUCGCUAUGGACUACGGCGAUUUGUAGUUCUAAUCUGCAGCAGCAAAAGCAUCAGCAACGAAACCAGCCGACUACGUCACAAUCAUCGGAUCAACUUUUACAGCUAGAAACGCCAAUAAGUGAUAAAGUGAAGACAGAAAAAUACGAGACAUUGUUGACAGUUGUUGAUCUUCUUAUCUUGUCAAUUCUGCUACGUAAAUAA